AUGGCGCACUACAGAACCAAGGUUGUCGCGUUCGUCUUCUCGUCCGUUACUCGGCAAUGGUGUAUAGCUGCAUCUCCCAGCUGGAGCUCUUUGGGCACAGACCGCCCCCAUGGGCUGCAGAACUGUUCUGAUUCGAGAGGUUGCCGCGGCAUGUCAAGUUUCGACCAUGUGCGUGGCUGCUUCUACUCGGCAUCGCCUUGGAUGGACAAAUUUCUUGUUCUGGAUACACGGAGAAUGGAGUUUUCCACCAUCAGCGAUCACAGUGGUUUCCACGAGCUGCUCAGACGUCUGCCUGGCCAGCCACUUGCAGAACACGCUGCGGGAUUCUUAUUUCUCGGAGGCACUACAGAAUCUCAGCAGGACUGUCAUGAAACUGAAUGGGUGGAUACUUGGGAUAUAGAUUAUUUUUCAGUGGAGGUCCGGACUUCAGAACUUAAGAAAAUCUGUACGAUGACAAAGCCAUGCUUCAACCACGAACGUGUCCACCCAUACUUCGGCUUCCCACCAUCGUUGUCAAGACCGACUAUAUGA